CGUGGGGUCUGCUGUCUCUGUGCGGACCUCAAUGUCGGACCGAUUUCAUAUUACGCUAUAAUAUAGUUAUACGUUCCCGGUGUAAGCCACGGAUUUUUUUUUUUAAAUCACGGAUAUCAGGUAAUAGAGCGGAAAAUAUUAGCUUUCUUAUGCAUCUUUAACGUCAGAGGAGCGUCGAGCACUCGCGUGAUUUAAAAAAAAAAAAAGAUUUGUUUGGUUGCAUAAUUUUGGAUCUAACAUAUUCUGAUCACAUGGAGUGAGAGGAUGGACAUCGCUUUUGAUUGAAUGCUGUUAUCAAGUAGGUGACACUAUUAAAAGAUAUUAGGAGAUCUGCUGGUGAUGGCGCAAAUGCACGAGCGCUUGUCUUCAUGCAUACUUUGCCUUGAAGUCAAUUUCUGUCUUGUGCUGAUUUUAAUCUUUUGUCUACUUUAUUUAGUUAAGUCUGUCUUUGUGUGAUAGCGUGUGUGGAAGAGAGGAAGAUGGGUUGUUCUUUUGGCAUUCAUCUCUUGUUGUCUAACAUGUCGUCCUACUUCAGUCACUUUGAAUAUGUCCUUCUCAUCAUAAAAAAACAACCCAUACAUAAACACAGGUACAUUGCCGUGGUGCAUUCCCCAUCUGUGAACUUCCUCUUCUCUCUGUCCAUACACUGUAUGUUUUUACUCUGUAGAUGUAGGUCGAACAUCACAUCUGAUCAUGUUUAACUGCAUGUAAUUGAGUUCAUACUGAAACUUUUCCUCACAUCAAUACAGACCAAUAUGAGCUGUAAUGAUGUCCUAUUAUCAGAGAGACAUUACUGAUAAUAAUCAGCCUCACCAUCCGAUUCUAUUUCCAAGCACAACAACAACAACAACAGUGGACCUCAGACUCUUUGCUUCCGUAGAACCACACAGUCCCAUCCCACAUGUGAGAUGGCUGACUUGACCUGACAGACAUUUCCAGUGAAAUGCUUCAGUUAAUCACAGCCAUCUCAGCGUGCUCCAGUGCCCAGAGGACAGAGCUGCUAGUUCGGGGACCUCCAGCCCUGUGAUGGCCUAUGCAAGAGUGGUAUCUACUUUGCAGGGAAAUUGUUACUCCUCUGCAGACAGUCAGUCAUACUGGCCUACUUGUGUGGUACUGAACUAUUGAACUGUUGAAAAUAGACGUUGACAGGAUAAAUCAAGAUUCAACGCAAUACGGCUCCUUCAAGUAUUAUACGUAUUACCCCUGUAGGUUACAUUAGCAGAGAUAUUGCUCUUAGUAAUCAAACUACAGCAUAUUGAUGUCAAAUGAUUUUGUCAAAAGUGUUCAGCAGGACUCCACAGAAAUGUGUGUUAUGUUGUGUAUAAAGUCUCUCUGGAUGAAAGUAAAAAUCAGACAAACAUGUAGAGUUACACUGGAGCAGUUGGGGAUUCAGUGUAUUGCUUAAGGACAAGACACUCACCCCAUGAUGAAAGGCCUACAUGUGCAGCCUCCUGCUUUGAUGUGGAGCUACGCAACGAGGUACAAUAGCGUGUUUAAAAAAAAAAAAAAAAUUACUUAAUGGAUAGCCACAUUUAAAUAUAAAUAAUGCAAUGUAAUUAGAUCAUAUCUAGACUAGAUAGACUAGAAAUAGUACAUAUGAAAUAUAUGUGUUUGCCAAAAUAGAAGCCUGGCUCUGGUGUUGUAACAGAGUUACAGUAUACAGUAUAUAAAAUGAUCAUAUUCUUUUUAACUUUUUUGCUGAAGAAAGGUUCACCAAGUCCCACAGCAAAACCACAUCCACUUUUUAUGUUGAUCAGACUGAUAUUUCUGCCUAUGAGCAUAUUUUGAUGUGUUUACUAUUUGUUGCCAUGGUAUGGAUGUUGUUUAUUGUAGAAAUGUGACGAUAAAGAGGAUUACCUCGUCUGCAACAGAUGUUGUUUGUUUACACACAUUAUGCUGCAGUCACACACACAGCAAUGUUAAGUCUAUGAACUGAUGGCGGCUUGAUGUGUGACAUAAAGCCCCUAACAAUGUCAUAAGACAGUGGAUGUUGCAGCUAAUAUAUUGAAUUUCUGAACAUGAUUUUUCGUCUUGUUUAAAUUCACAACAUAGCACCAAGACUAAGUAACACUGCUGAGGGCAGAUAUCAGCAAAUGGUGUGUGGGUGUAUCCUAGCAACAUCAAUUAUUACUGAUAACUUAAAAGGAUUAUUUCAAGAAUGAAUGUCAUCAGUGUUUAAAUGUUUCAUGUGCUUUUUCUACUUAACAAUAGUCCUUAUAGUGUGUGUUAUAUGAAGGGAUGAUGAUCAUUAUGCUGCAUAUGUGUAGGUCUGUAAAAUCCGGAGCAAUGUGUAUGAAGUGGAGCACAUUGAAUUAACUAAACUGAGGUGAAAGUGUAUUUAAUCUUAGUAGCGCCAGACGAGCAUCUCUGCAGUGCAGCUGCCCUAGUUACAGAGCAGCUGAGUAACUGUGAGAGACUGUGGUUGGCCCAGGCAGCGGGAGGAGGAGUUCGUUAAUGGUUGACUGAAUUAUGGAGGGUAGGCUGGGCUGAGGGCCAAAGGCAGACAACACGGUAGGACUUUGACUGUAGGACCAGUGGUAUAAAGUGAGGGAGCAGUUUCUAACAGCACUAGCCUGCCGUUUUACUUCAUGUUUUCUAUCUUUUAAUAGUCUUUUGGGUUGCUUUUACUCCAGAAUUAAAUGAGGUCAGGUCUGUCACAGCAUUACAGCUAGGAGGGUCAUUGAGUCCAAGAAUCAAGAACCAGAUCCAGAGGGAGAUAAACAUAAACGCUUUAUAUGUAGACACCACCAACAAACAUACCAAUGUAUCCUGAUUACAUUUACAUGCAACAUUAAACAGUCUCUCCAUGGUCCAAAUGUGCGAAACUGAAAACAUUUCAUCUGAAAUUCAGAUGGUCCAUAAUGGUAUCUCUGCUCUUAUGGCCAGACCUUAGAGAAGUCUUAACUGUCUUUCCAUACAGAAUUGCUAAUAAUUAUGAUUAAUAUUUAAUGUAUAGAUGCAACAAAAAUGCUCAACAUGAAGUUUAAUACUUCUCUGUUUAACUGUAUGAUUCCAUGAAGAGCUCAUGUUGUCUAAAAAGGAAACGUGUUGCGGAACCAAAUACUUGUGACUUAUUUCAUGCAUUUUUAAAUUCUCAUUAGGAUAAUCUCGUGUUCAAUGCAUUUUUCAAUUACUACUGUGUUGCAGUGGUAGUAAUUGAUUGUUUCAUGUAUUUUGUGUGUUCACACAUAUAUUGUAGUCUUGUACGCUUCCCCUUGCAUAGUUAUGAAUAUGUUUCUGCACCACUGAUAACUCAUUAAAAGCCAAUUAUUCUUAUAAGAGCUGCUAUUCUAUUUUUUUUCUUUCAGGAUUUAAUUUUAGGAACAUGGAGACAGUUUCCAUGGAUCAGCCUGAUCCUGCAGUAUGAUUGCAGCAUCCAGUCUCUCAGGAGACACCCUGAUAGCGUGCCACUUCCCUGUGGUUCAGCUUCCCACUUGGCAACUUAAUGUCCAAGCCCUGUGCAGUUCGGCCAAGAGACCCGGCCGGCUGUGCUCAGUAGGCCUGACCCGAGCCGUGUCCCUCCCGGAGCGAGACUCGCACAACCAAGAGCAUUCCUUCGCCGGUGGUCGAAGACAUUUUUCCAGCAGCUACGGUAGUCUCAAUGAGGACCGAGCGGAGGAGGAGGGCGGCAGUGACAGCAGCGGGAAGUACGACUCCAACUCAUCGCCGGAAGAGUCGAGUUCCCAUCUGAAGAAGGAAAGCUCUGGAGCUAGGGACAGUCUGCGGUCACACAACUCAUUCCUCGCCAAUACAGAGCUAGAUGAGGAUGAGGAAGAUGAAGAUAGUGAUGGAGAUAACCUACACAGGUAUCACGAGGACUCAUCUUUUGUCUUGCAUGGGAAUUCCAACUGGCCUCGAAGUAAUGGUGCCAGAAAUCAUACAAUGUCCCAUGGAAAAAUGGACAGUGAAUGGGGCAAUGAAGGGACCGUGUUGGGUCUGGAGAGUGACCAAGAUUGGCUCUCUAACCAGCCUCGCGUGCCGGACUCUCUGCAGACUGAACGCCAGUGCAUUCAUGUGAGCAGAUCUGGCAUCACAUCGAUGGCUUAUGGAGAGCAGGACUCAGACAGACUGAAGGAUAACAUGUCCUGCGGCAUCCACAGCCAACACAAAUGUUCCCCAGAGUUUUCCAACAGUCACACGGAGUAUGUCAGCGACUCUUCCUGCAACAGCUCUGAUGGCGUCUUGGUUAACUUCUGCACUAUUUAUAACAGGAGCAACAACCCUGCCACGCCUAAUGACCUUAGCAGUCCUGCAGUUCACCCCUAUCAGUCAUCGGAGGGAUCUGUGUUCCUCAACCUCCAACCCGUUCCUCAGACUCCUGUUGAGAACCUCCAACGUGAUGACAUGGCAGUUAACUCUCCCUCUAAAGAGGAGGUUGACAUGACGCCCCCUGCUUCCUGCUGGUCUCCACAGGGCCUUGACUCUAACUGCAAUCUUUAUUCCCUGGAGCCGCUGCCCCCAGGUCUCUCCUCGCUGGAGGUGUCAGACCUGGCCGCUUGUCUCCAAAGCCAGGCCACACUGGCCAUGGAGACCAACCAGAAGUACUACAAGCUUGUGACUUGUGACCUCUCCUCCCAGUCGCCCAGUCCAGCCUGGUCGAGCCUCACCAGCUGCCCCGAUGGUCAGAGCAGAAGUAGCCCCUUCCCUCCCUCUGGGCACCUCUUUGUUGAUCAUAAGAAAAAAGGACAAGACAAAGAAGUCAAGAAGGAGAAGGAAAAGAGGUUCUCCUCCGCCCAAUGCAGCGCCGGGUUUGACUGCUCUCAGUGUCAGACCUAUGAUUAUCAAGUUGCCACCACCUCCACUGAGAAAACCCUCUGCAAGAAGAAACAUGCAGACAGCAUCCAAAACCUCUCCCCCACACCCUGUUCACUGUGUCCCAGCAAGUGUAGCCCACAUAGCAGUAAAAGCCAAGGCACAAGCGCUGCGUCCACACAGCCAUCUGUGAAUCAGCACCAGGAGCACUGUGAUACCGAUGCUAGUGAGAAGGGAGCAUGUUCACUGGAAAAUGCAGUGGUGCGCUACAGUAAGGCCCAGAGGCCAACCUCGCUGCCCAUCCAGCCCUUUGUUCUAGUCCCCGCAGGCAAACCCCAGACCCAGCACUUGGGCUGUCUUCUGGAGCAGUACAUAAAUCAGAAGAGCAGCAAGUCUGGUAGCUCCCAACCAGGCUUCAAGUCCAAGGUCAAAAGAAGUCAAUGCUUUUCUAACCUUCAGUCAUCCCUAAUGGCCAACCACUGCCCCAUCUUCCUGGAGGCUCCUUCGAGCUCUGACACCUGCUCCACUUGCACGCCGAGUCCAGAGUGUUCAGCCAGCCACCGACGCACAUGGAGCCAGUCCAGCAGAGGCCAAGGAUGCCCAAGUCCAUGUGCAUCAAAAGACAGCCUGGAUCCAUCUCACAGCAGCCCAAAGCCAAGAAUGGUUCAAGAUAAAACAAGCCCAUACUCAGGCAAAACUCUGAAUACUUUUUCUAAUCUAUUUUCAACCCCAAAUCAGACAAACCUAGUUCAAAUUCCCACCUACCAGACACUUAUUGACCUUACUCCUGAGGAGAGCCAUGCCAAAACGGAGCCCAAAAGUCCCUAUCAGUCCCAGACCCACACCUCCAAUGAUCCAAUACUCUCUCAUAGUCAUACACCACCUACUUUACUCCUAACCACUGACACCCAUCACCCAAACCUGCAGGGGUCCAUGUGUCCUCCCAACACCGUACAACCAGAAAAGAAGUUCCCUCAGUACCGGGCUGCACCUGCACCUAACUCUGGCUUUUUUCAUGGUAGCUUUACCUCUGCCCUUUCCUCGGUAGCUCCUCUCUCCUCUUUGAGUUGCCUGCUUUCCUUGGCUGCUUCUGGACUGCAAAUCCAGGACUCUGCCGGGCUCAAAGGGAAGCAGAGUCAGAGUCAAUACAGUGAAUCUCUGAUCAUGAGUGACAGGCCGCCCACAGAGUUCUGCCUCUCACCCGAUACAUCUUAUGAGUCCAUGUCUAUCAGCCAUCUUCAGAGGAGAGGUUUGCUGAGGUCUGUGAGCAGGGCGGUGGAUUUGAUCAUGGCUCAUUUUGGAAGCAGCAGAAACCCUGAAGAAAAGAUGCGUCUGGGUAACAGCUCUCGCAGUCCCACAAUAGCCGGUCUAGUUCUGGAACAUUUGUGUCCAGCGAUCCAGAAUAUUUUAGAGGACGGUCUCAGGGAUCACAAACUGGAUCUCGUUAUCGGGCAGCGACGCAACAACUCCUGGAGUGUGGUGGAGGUCUCUACUAGGAUCGGUAAAUGUCCAUCCACCAGGGUCCUUCACAGCCUGGUCUGCAAAAUUAGACAAUAUCCCCAGCUCACCACCCCCUGCAUGAGACUGAGAGCCUUCAUUAUGGGCCUGCUUAACUUGAGAGCUUUGGAAUUCUGGCUUAGUCACCUUCAGAGUCUAAAAGAAGUGGUGACAACAUACUACCAUUCUUGGGGGUUCCUGUCCAUGUCACUGGGUCAAUGUCAGCCCUUGUUUCAGGAGCUGCUGCUUCUGCUGCAGCCGCUCUCUGUGUUGCCCUUUGACCUCAACUUGCUCCUAGAGCCCCGACUGUUACGUAACAGACAGCUGUGUUCUGAGGAGCAGGGAGUUUCUCCUCCUCAGCCGUGCUCAGCCCUCCUAGUGACCAGCUGGCCACUACUGCAAGCUGACAAAAAGGUAGACAGCAGCGACAGCAGUCAGCAAACUAAGAUUUCACACCAGACCGGUCUGAAUCACCAAGAGUCUCUCCAUUCUCAGAAUUGCGUCAGGCCGGAUUGUGGAGGGACCAACAGGAGUCCAUUGUUAGCUCCUAUUCCAGAGUGGUGGUCGAAGGAGUCUUACCUUAUGGACGGUGUGGUUGAAGGGGAGGACUGUAGCCAGAAUUAUGCAGAUACUUGGUCUCAAAUAAGUAUGGACAGCAGGCAAGAAGAGAAGACGGGAGAGAAAGACAAUGAGACACCGAUUGCAUCCACUUGUUUCCAGGCUGAGAGUCCGUGUCAGGGUGGGCUGCGCUGGGCCAGACUGUUUGGAGCAGCUGAUACUUCCACCAGGACAGAGACCGUUUCUCAGAGUGUAGCACAAACCAGAAGGUACAGGCGACCAUCACAGUGGCUGAAUUUCGACAGAUCACAGCUUGGACUGUUGGCUCAAUCCAUCAGGUCAAUGAAGCUAGGAGGAGCUCAGACGAACAAGGACUGCUGAAAACCAAACCCUCUGUGGGUGGAGGACAGAGUGGAGCCUAUUUACUGUAGUAACAAAAAGUUUUACUGUAACUGCAUGAUAACACAUACACAGUGCUGAACUGAUCAGCAAGCACAUAGCAUAACAAGCUUUGGCAAUGGCCCUUAUUCAUCAAGCUUUUCGUUGCACCACUUAUUCAAGUAUGUGUGUCCUUUCUAAGAUCUUAGUAGCAGCUAGUUACCAGCUGAAACAGUAUGUGGCUGGUAUUGUUUUCACCAUGUAAUUCUGUGUGUGUGUGUGUGUGUGUGUGGGUGUGUGUGUGUGUGUGUGUGUCAUCAAGGCAACAAGUGGUCUAAGAGACACUUACUGUAGCUAACUACCACAGAGGAGGUUUUCAGUACUUUGCCAGGUGUUUGUUUGUGGACUGAUUUUCUAUCACAGUAUCACAUCAUCUUGCACAACCAAGAUGCAGUCACGGAACUUUACAGCUGUGUAGUUGAGAUCACAAUGAAGGUCAAGUUUGAAGAUGGCUGUGGUCUGAGCAAGGGGAGGGAGGGCGAAGGGGCCAAUGGCACCCCCACUUUACGCCCCUGGCCAGAUUUGACAUUGUGGCUGGUUUGAUCCCAUCACAAGAUAGUCUCUAGUUAAAAAAUAAAUCAGGUUGCAGCACCAUUUAAACUAAAGGAAUGUCUUCAUUUGUAUACACUUUUACAAUGUGUAAGGAAACAUCCAUAACGCUGUCCAAACAACUAUUUAUACAAGUCGCUGUAGCAAACACUGUAGCAAACUGGGCAUAACUGCCAAAAAUAACAAUUUAAAGUCUAUAUAUCUAAUUUGUAAUCCUUUACAAAUGUUGGUAAUACUUAGUUUUAUUAUUUAUAUGGAGACAUAUGUGUUUAGAGUUAGUUGUAAUUAUGUAGUUUAUAGGCUUUUUAGCUAGUCAUUUUCUUUGACUAGUUAGGAUAACUUUUUGCAAUUUUAAGUUUUCUGUUAUGUUUAUGAAAGGUAGUUUACAAUCUUUCAAGUUUACGCCACUAUUAAACAGCCUUCAGAUAUGUCGACCCUAUUUCAUAGUAUCUCUUACUUUUCAAUCUAAACGGGUCAUAUAUCAGCAAGCUACAGUUCGUUUUUUCAGUUGGUUAGCAAACGCUACAGUUACAACUGGAAGUUACUGACUUGUUGCAUACAAUCUAGUGAUACACAAAUCUCCAUUUAGUAAACACCUAGAUUAUAACUGGGUUUAACUUUGGCACGACUGCUGGGACUGGCUCCUAAUCUUAAAAGGUCCCUUGGUUGUUGUUUUAUAGGUGUUCUUUCGUCAUUUGUGCUCAAAUUAGUUGCGAGAUAAAUCUCUAUGAUUGUGGUCAGAAGAGGCUGGAUCAUUUCCUCAGUAGAUUCUGAGCUGUUUUCCACAAAACUGCUUGAUGAAUGAGGGCCAACUCCACCAUAUGCAAUUGCACUCUGGAGUAAAUCUCCUUCAUGUUUUCUGUAGGCAGAAAUCAAUCAUUAAAUGUGAAUAUUGACCUGCUUUAGACUGUUUGACAUUCUUGUGGUCAUUCUCUCCAUAGCUGUACCUUUCAUUUACAGAUGAAAAAAAAAGAAAGAAAGCAAUGCAUUCUUACUAGUGCCAAAUAUGCUAGACACCAGCCUUGUGGAUGUUCAGUGAUGUUUUGUUUCCAGUAACUUGCUUUUUUGAGCAAAUCCCUGCAUGGAUUUACUUUAGCUGCAUGAGUUAACACAUAAAUGAGGUGCUUUAAUACUUCCUACAUCUCUUAACUUCCUGUUAAUGUUUUUUAAAUGUGUGGAAUUGUUUGGUAUAUACAGUAGAAUGUCUUCCAGUGAAGUCAAUUGAGUUGCACAGUUACAAGCCAUCUUGUGGCAGCUUCAGGUAUUUAAGUGUGAGUCAGGUAUAUUUAGAUAGACUGGUGGUUAGAUAAGGGGAUGGAAAAAAACUGAAAAUGUGUUCAUUCUGAAUUUUUAAUGUACGGCAAUAAUGUGAAGUAUGUGAAAUUAUUUCCCCCAACGUCAUUGUUUCUCAACGUCUGAAUGCUUCUUCUAAUGCCCAGUGACAAUCAAAGUCUGUCAAUAAAGACUUCUUCUUGUAUGCCAUGACAACAGUGAACAGUAACAGUGAACAGUAAACAUCUUUAUUUAUGGGUUUCAUGUUAAUGUGAGGACUUAUUGAUACGUUCUCAGAUUUGAGUCAUGUUAUAAUUGUCAUUUUUAUUGAAGUAUAUGAUUGUUAUUUACUGUGCCUGAAUCACCCUCUUGAUGCCGCUCCUUUCCAGUGCAUUCUUGGAAAGUUGGCCAAAGGUUUGUCCAUACAUAAACUAGUAUCCUGCAGGAUGGUGUGUAGAGUAAGACAUGCUUGAACUUCAGUUUAACUGAUUAUUUUCACUUCAGUAACCUUUUUAAAAUGGUUCGCAAGGCAAAUGUGUUGCCAACACAGACACCGACCUGGGAUGUGUCCGGUGAAUGAUGGCACCACACCCCUGUUUGAUGGAUGGAUAGUGGGCACGGGAGUUAUUGUACUAUUGUACUAGUUAUUGUACAUCCCUGGGAUGCUUUGUGACGUGGGGUCAGUCCGCUGCUGCUUUCCGAACUGGAUCAGUGCCUGGUUGGUAGUGAUUGGGUAACCUUUGCCAAUUAGGAAGCGAGAUUUUGGCACAUGCCCUGUAGAACCUGUAAAAAGACAUCCCUCAGUGAGCUGCUGGAGUAUUGUAGGAAUGCAUACUGUACCGGGUCAUGAUAUGCAAGUGAAAAAAACUAUAAAAGCCAGUAUAGAUAUUGUAUAUGUUUACAGUCCGCAUGGUUGCAUUUCCAGCCAAAGCUAGCAGCAGUUUUCAACAAAAAUGCUCUAAAACCUACGCUGACUGCUCAGCACCAAAUAGUCAACAGAAAAGGUUCACAAUACUUGGAGAGUAAAGUCGAAUAUGUAGUUGCUAAAGACCCAACAUUUCUUCUCAGGAGGCAUGUGAAUAUACUGUAUUUGCCAAGUGUCCAGAAAAGCUCUAAAAACAAACUGUACACUAUCUGAUCAGCAUCAACGUCAGAAUAUGAAAUCAUAAACAAGCUGAACAGUGGAGUCAGAUAUUUCUCCCAGGAGUACGUGGAGCCCAAACAAGAGCUGAAAGCAGAGUGAAACAUGAUUCUGACUGAAUUAUGAUUUUAGUAUUUUACAUAAUGCUGGAUGUGUAAAUAGAAAUCUGUUUGCUAACAAGUUUGCCUUAUCGACAUAUAGAAGUUGAUGUGUUGUGUUCACAGCUCAUUUACAUUGCCUCCAAGUGGCCAAAAAUAGUUUGUUAUUGCAGGUUUAAGACCUAAUUCUCUUUAAUGGAAACACUUGUUAAAAUUCUCUGUUGUACCUGAGAUAAAGUGCUUGUGCGGGCUAUCAUCAUCCAUGAGGUAUGGUUUUCCAGUGAGGGUGAAGGACUUCAAGGGCCUGUCGGUAAUCAUUUUGUUGGAGAUUGCUGUCAAGUGGGGACUUGGUCUCUGAGUCAAACGAUAACAGAGAACCAUUAGAACAUGAUUUAGAGAUCAUUUGAUAUUUAAAUAUAUAUAUAUUUUUUUGCCACAAGAAAUUGAUUAGAAUUAUUAUUUAUGUGAAUCUCAGAGACAUAAUUGAUGCAUCUGUGGUCGGAGGUUCCACUAUAGAUAAUUAAACAAGAGUGAACCUAUUCAGAGGUGCCAUGUCAAUAUGUUUGUGUGUGUGUGUGUGUGUGUGUUUGUGUGUGUGUGUGUGUGUGUGUGUGUGUGUGUGUGUGUGUGUGUGCAAUAGAGUGUGAGAAAGAGAGAGAGUUACUUCAAACUGUUGGUUGUUGUAGUUUACAACAGCUGGCAGGUCUGUUGAUUGCCGUUGGAUCUUCCCACGCCUGUCCUGGUAAA